AUGCCACUCAACGGAGCACCAACAAACUCGACUGACACUCGCAAAAGGGAAGAAUUCUGUCGCCAGUGUAGGCAGUAUGGCCAUUCAGAAAGGCACUGCCACGAAGGUAGAGAUAAUCGCAGAGAUCGUGGACCAGCUAGGUCACCAGAACCGAUUCGCGAACCAAGGACUAUACGCCAUGACGAACGUGGCCCCCCUGAUGUGGUGCACGAGCGAUACAGUGCCGUUGACAGGGAUCCGUUACACUAUUCGCCAAUGGAGAAAGAACAGAGAAUAGCUCAGCAACGGGAGGAGCUGCUCCGCCAAGAAAUGAUGCUGCGACGAUCGGAGCAGGGUGACAGCUGGACUAGGAAUAAUGUUCCGCCGCAAUCACUGCAGUCUCAAGCACCAUCGAUGCUUCAUCCUCGUCCUCCUUAUUUGCCGGUGCGGGAGUACAGGGUCCUAUUCAAGCUCUGA